AAUUCCCCCUUUUUUGUCCAAUCUCAAUUUCUUCCUUUCUUACAUUCCUCCAUUUUCUUCUUCUCUCUCCUCCAUCUUCCUCCUCUCUCUCCUUCAAUGGCGCAAGUUCAUCUCUCUGAAACAUACGCUUGCGUACCUUCAACAGAGCGUGGUCGCGGCAUCCUAAUCUCCGGCGAUCCUAAAUCAAACAACAUUCUCUACUGCAAUGGAAGAUCAGUGAUCAUCCGAAACCUCGAUAAUCCUCAGAAUGUUGAGGUUUAUGGCGAACAUGCUUAUCCUGUUACUGUUGCACGAUACUCUCCUAAUGGUGAAUGGAUCGCUUCUGCGGAUGUUUCUGGGAUCGUUAGGAUCUGGGGUACCCAUAAUGGGUUUGUUUUGAAGAAUGAGUUUAAGGUUCUUUCCGGUCGGAUUGAUGAUCUUCAAUGGAGUCCUGAUAGUCUUCGGAUUGUUGCUUCUGGUGAUGGCAAGGGCAAAUCGUUGGUUCGAGCUUUCAUGUGGGAUUCAGGAUCUACUGUUGGAGAGUUUGAUGGUCAUUCAAGGCGGGUUCUUAGUUGUGCUUUCAAACCAUCAAGGCCAUACCGGAUUGUUACCUGUGGAGAAGACUUUUUGGUGAACUUUUAUGAAGGCCCUCCUUUCAAGUUUAAGCACUCUCAAAGGGAGCACUCAAAUUUUGUCAACUGUGUGAGGUUCUCUCCUGAUGGGAGCAAAUUCAUUACUGUUGGUUCUGAUAAGAAAGGUAUAGUUUAUGAAGGAAAGACAGGAGAAAAACUUGGGGAACUUUCUGCACAGGAUGGACAUCAAGGUAGUAUUUACGCUGUUAGCUGGAGUCCAGAUAGUAAGCAGGUACUGACUGUAUCAGCGGAUAAAACUGCCAAAAUAUGGGAAAUUUCACAAGAUGGCAAUGGGAAUGUUAUUAAAACAUUGAUUUCUGGAUCUGGCGGAGUAGAGGACAUGCUAGUUGGAUGUCUUUGGCAGAAUGAUCAUCUAAUUACUGUUUCACUUGGUGGUGUUAUCAAUGUAUAUUCAGCAAGCGAUUUGGAGAAAGCUCCCCGUACUCUCUCUGGACAUAUUAAAAAUGUCUCUUCUUUGAUUAUCUUCAAGAAUGAUCGAAAUAUGGUACUUUCAUGCAGCUAUGAUGGAGUGGUAGUUAAAUGGAUCCGUGGUGUCGGAUAUUCUGGCAAUAUAAACAUGAAGGAUCAUGCACCCAUUAAAUGUUGUAUUGCUGUGGAAGGCGAGAUCAUUUUAUCUGGAUUUGAUAACAAGGUGUGGAGAGCUCCCAUCCAAGCAGAUACAUGUGGAUCUGCUGAGCAUGUUGAUAUAGGAAGCCAGCCAAAGGAUUUGAGUGUUGCUCUAAAUGUGCCUGAACUUGUGUUAGUUGCUACUGAUUCAGGAGCAGUGCUUCUUAAUGGUUUGAAAGUUUUGUCAAGCAUUGACCUUGGAUUUACUGUGACAGCAUCUGCCAUCUCACCUGAUGGAACUGAAGCUGUAUUGGGUGGCCAAGAUGGAAAAUUGCAUAUAUAUUCUGUGUCUGGUGAUACUUUGACAGAAGAAGCUGUUCUGGAAAAGCAUCGGGGUGCCAUUACUGUGAUACGAUACUCUCCAGAUGUUUCCAUGUUUGCUUCUGGUGAUGCCAACCGAGAGGCUGUUGUUUGGGAUCGUUCUACCAGAGAGGUAAAGCUUAAUAACAUGCUGUACCAUACUGCUCGUAUUAACUGCUUAGCCUGGUCCCCUGAAAGCACUAUGGUUGCCACUGGAUCUCUUGAUACUUGUGUCAUAAUUUAUGAACUUGGAAAACCUGCUUCAUCUAGGACAACAGUAAAGGCUGCUCACUUGGGUGGAGUUUAUGGUGUGGAAUUUGCUGAUGAAUGCAGCAUCUACAGUUCGGGUGAGGAUGGCUGUGUUCGUUUAUGGGCAAUAACCCCACAAUGAAGAGAAAUUAAGUUGCAAUCGAAAUAGCUACUUUUUGGAUGCAGAAUGAGUAGUAUUAUUUUGGAUUUAUCAUGAUGUAGUGAUAUAUUUUUUUGCCUGGUUCAUGAUUUUCUGGAUUCAGAGGUUGCAUACUUUUCAGAGCCUAACGAACUGAGAGGAUAGGGGUAUUGGUUGAAUGUAUUUAUUGCUCAAGUUUUCUGUUUGCCAGGCUCGCAUUGGUGGAUCUUUGUAUUAUGGUUUUUUUCUUCUAUACUAGCAAGUAUCAUUUGUUCUGUUUUCCCACUUUCAGAGUUGGCUUUAGUGUGAAGAUUGAAGAAUUCAGACCAAGAAAGCGUAAAAGGGAAUUAUUUCCAGACUUGUUUAGUGCUGAGACAUUGUAUAGUCUCCCAAGUUUUCUGGAGUGUGUUACACCCUCUUCACUUUUGAAACUGUAUAGCAACAGCUUUCUAUUGGUUUGAGUAGAUAAAAUUGUGGUUAUAACUAGAAAGAUUUUGACAGUUUGAUGCUUUUUGAAGUGGGAUGUUUUAUUUAAUUUUGAUGUGUUACUGCCAUUUUGAUGCUAUGUUGCCAUCUUAUUGCAAUGUCUAUUUUCUAGUGCUGCUGUUGAAUUGGCAUUUUCAGUGUUACCUUUGUAGUGCACUGGACGUAGCUGCCGCAGUCACACAGUCUUAAUAUGGAAUUAGAGAGUGGAAAUCGUUGAUGAACAAUGGAACACAAACGAACUUAUCUCUAAGGUAGUGACUUUAGGUCGCAAGUCUCAAAUUCUACUCGCCAAAUAUCACACCAAAUCCUCCCCCUUCCCACCUCGCCCCCUCAACACUCAUCUCAGACAUCGAACCGCCCACCCUCCCCCUUACUAAUCUCAGACAUUGAAAAAGAGGGAGUAUUGUUUCUUACAAAUUCUUAAAUAAACCUGGUCCACAAUAAACUUAUUGUGGACCAACUACCUCUCACGUGCGUGUGGAGGAGGCAACAAAAUUUCAGACAACUUAAUUCUAUUUAUUACUCUUCCUUCCUUCGUCCUUUUUUACCCUCUUUUUAUUUUUUUCCCCUCUUUAUAUUUUUUCCCCUCUUUAUAUCACCAGUCAAUUUCUCUCUCUUCAAACCUUCUCUUCUGCCACUUUCUCUCUCUUCAUAGCUCAAAUUCUCUCUUCAAUUCACAACAAUAACUUCAAUAUUGCUCAAUUUCUUCUUCAAUGGCAAAACACAGAAGCAGUGGGAUGUGUAUGAGUAGAAGAGGUCUUCGGUUAUCAGACGCAAAACGCAAUAAUCAACCAAUUCCUGUGCAUGCACUCUCAUAUUUGGUUGAGGCAGAAAAAGGUGAAGAGAGGAAGAAGGAGGUUACAGAGAGAGGCAAAAGAAGGCUAUAAAGGCACCUCAAGACAAGGCUACGUAUUAGCAUAAAUGCUACAUUCCAGAACAAAAAAUAGUAGUAAAAAGAGCUAGUUUUUUUUUUAAAAAAAAAAAAUUAAUAAGGUAUUGAUGUUAUAAAAAAGGUGGCUAUGUUAAUAAUAGGGUAUCUAUAUUUACAGGUCAUUAUAAUAUCAAAAAGGACAUUAUGUUACAAUUAAGGUCAUUAUGUUAAUAUUUUAUGUUUCAUUAGAGAUAAAUAACUGACAAUAAGAAAUUAUCAAAAUAGAUUGUUAUUUUGCAUUUAAGAUUUUAUGAUCAGCAUCAUUAUAAAAAAAAAAAAAAAAA